AAACAGGUCGAAGCAAGCAAUAUUGAUCAAGAAUCUCUACCUGCAACAGAAUCUUCAGAACAUGAAACUAUGGAAGUUGGUUCAGGUUCUAGAUUACCGAGAGAAGUUGAAAAGAGAGAAAGAUCAGCUUCGAUAUCGAAA